UUAAACAACAUUAGAAGAGUUCCAAAGUUGCAAGAACUGAAUCUCUCUCUCUCUCAUUGCUUCCCGUUUCGCGAUCGUCGGCGGACAGGGUGCGAGAGGUGAAGGAAGAAUUUCCCUGAAGAAGAAGAAGAAGAAUAUAGACUUGUACCGCCAUGGCGAAGAGGCCUAUAAAGUAUUCUGUGGUCGAUGCCUUCACGGAGUCGGCAUUCAAGGGGAAUCCUGCGGCGGUUUGCUUUCUCGACGACGAGGACGAGAGAGACAAAGCUUGGCUUCAGUCUGUCGCUGCAGAAUUCAACAUCUCCGAGACCUGUUUCCUCUCUCCGAUCGCCGGAUCCGGUGUUCCCCGCUUCCGUCUCCGAUGGUUCACCCCCGUCACCGAGGUGGAUCUCUGUGGCCAUGCAACUUUAGCAUCUGCCCACACUCUCUUCUCAAAUGGACUGGUCGAUUCUGAUAUAGUCGAAUUCGCCACCAUUUCUGGCAUUCUAACAGCUAAAAGAGUUCCAGACGCCUUAGAGUUCAAUGGUGGUGAAGCUAAAGAAUCCUUCUUUAUCGAAUUGGACUUCCCUUUAAUUCAGACAUGUGAAGACAAUUCCAGUGAUGUCUCCAUGUUGUCCAAAGCCUUGAAUGGAGCCACCAUUGUUGAUGUCAAACGAAGUGCAUCAGACAGACUCAUCGUGGAGCUUCCAUCAUGGGAAUCUGUCAUGGAACUGCAGCCAAGAAUGGAUGAGAUAGUGAAAUGCCCUGCCCUAGGGAUAAUUGUGACAGCUGCGGCUCCUACAGGAUCUGCCUACGAUUUCUGUUCUCGAUUCUUUGCCCCACAAUUAGGGAUUGAUGAGGAUCCUGUUUGCGGAAGUGCGCAUUGUGCAUUGACACAUUACUGGAGCCUCAAGCUGAACAAGUGUGAUUUCCUAGCUGAACAGGUGUCGCAUAGAAGCGGAACACUGAGGAUUCAUUUGGACAAGGAAACGAAGAGAGUCUUCCUCCGAGGCAAAGCUGUAGCUGUUAUGGAGGGCCUUAUCUUGGUUUAAAUCUAACAUCAUUAUCGCCAUCACCACCACCACCACCCCCCCACCACCACCACCAUCAUCGUCAUCAUCCUCGUCGUCAUCGUCGUCAUC